AUGAAUUCACUUCUUUCAUUGAUAGUUACUCUUUGUCUUGUAUUCACUCAAGUAAAUGCUGUUGAUUUUUAUGAUUUUGAUCUUUUUGAAGAUUCACAAAAUUUUGAACAAGACAUUGAUUCAUUCAUUGAAUUGUUUGAUGAUGAUGAUUCGAUGGAACUUCUUCUUAAUGAUUUCUCAUUAAAAUCAAUUGGAAGUGCAAUAGGAAAUGCUGUUGACAAAGGAACUAAAUGGUUAGCAAAGAAUGGAGAUGCUAUUUCAAAUACUCUUGGUAAGGUUGCAGAUAUUGCAGGAACUGUAGGUAAAGUAGCUGGUACUGUUUCUAGUGUUGCAGGAAAAGUUGCAUCAGUAGUACCAAUUCCACAAGUAAAAGCAGCAGCCGGAGCUAUUGCAGCAGGUGCCAAAGCUGUACAAGGAGUAUCUAAGGUAGUAGAAAAAGGUGCUCAAAUAGGACAAAAAGUAGUAGGUGCAGCAACAACUGCAUCUAAGGCAUAUCAAGACAUAAAGAAUGGAAAGACACCUAGCUUAGGUAAUUCUAAUAGUUCAGGUAGUUCUAAGUCUACUGUUAAAAGUAGAUCUAAAAAAUCAAAAAAGUAA